AAUUCAUUUUGUUAUUGAAAUGCAGCUGCGCGGAGCAAAGCUUGUAAACCAUCUUGCAUGGGUGUAUGCCUUUUGGGCAUUUUUUCUUGUGUCUUGCUGUUUAUCUGAUAUGGCGUGGCGUUCGCACGGAAGAAAUAAUGUAGAAUUAGUGAAUAAUCUUAGAAAAAACAACAUCAUAAAAUCUGAUGCUGUAUUCGAGGCCAUGAAGGCGACCGAUCGUAAGCAUUAUUGUCAGCAGCAAUCUUACGUUGAUUCUCCUCAAGGAAUUGGAUAUCAGGCGACUAUCAGUGCACCCCACAUGCACGCUUAUGCGUUGGAGGUCCUGCAUUCUCAGCUAACUAGUUCUAAUAAUGCAAGUGCGCUAGAUGUUGGUUCAGGAACUGGAUAUCUAACUGCUUGCAUGUCACGAAUGAUGGAUGAAAAUGGUGUGGCUGUUGGAAUCGAACAUAUUCCCGAACUUGUAAAUAUAUCAGUUGAAAACGUUAAAAAAGAUGAUGAAACAUUGCUCACUUCUGGGCGGGUAAUUUUAAAAAAGGGAGAUGGUAGAUUGGGAUAUGACCCAGAUAAUAAAAAAUAUGAACUUUAUGAUGCGAUUCAUGUGGGUGCUGCAGCUGCGCAAGUACCGCAAGCAUUGCUUGAUCAACUCAAACCGGGAGGGAGAUUGAUUUUGCCUGUUGGACCUGCUGGCGAGACUCAAGUUUUCCAACAGUGGGACAAAAAUGCUGACAAAUCUGUUACGCAUAAGAACUUAAUGAGUGUUGUAUAUAUACCCUUAACUGACAAAAACAAACAGUGGCCUGGUGGUCGCUGGUAAGACUAUAAACAUCCUUAACAGUGUUUGUGGAAAUCGUUGGGAAAUAAUGGACCGCACCCCCAGAAUCAACGCUUUGUCAUUUGUAUUAUGAAAGUGUUCCCUGCCCAAUUUUAUUUGAGUGAAUCACUUUUUCAACUGCCUUGUUAUCUCAUCUUAUACCAAAUCGUUUCUAUUUGCAAUUUGCGAGCAAUGUAUAUUGUAUUUUGAUUUAAUUAAAAAUUCAAAUAUGUUGUAAA